AUGAGUAAAAAGGUAUUUCUAACAGGGGGUAGUGGAUUCGUAGGAAAGGUGAUUAUAGAGUUAUUGGUUGAAAAAGGGUAUCAUGUAGUAGCAUUGAGUCGAUCAGAUAGCUCAGAUAAAGAGAUUGCUAGAGUGGGAGGUACUCCUGUCAGAUGUUCGAUGAGUGAUGAAUCAUCGUUGAUGGAGCAUAUCAAAGGUUGCUUUUCAGUGAUUCAUUGUGCUGCAAAGUUAGAGACGAAUGCAUCGUCUAUCGACGAACUAUUCAGAGACAAUGUAGAUGCAACAAAGACACUGUACAAUGUUUCAUGUUUUCAAAAUGUACGUGUAUUUGUAUUCAUCAGUACUGAAGGUGUCAUUAUGAAUGGAAACAAUAUACGUGAUGCUCCCGAACAUGUUCCUUCACUAGAUCAUAUCAAUCAUUUAGGUUGGUAUAAUCAAUCAAAAGCAAUUGCUGAAAGAUAUUUAUUAGGUUAUAUUGAUAAUGAAAAUAAUAAUAACAACAAUACAAAUAAUACAAAUAAUACAAAUACAAAUAAUACAAAGAUUAAAAAUAACUUUAAAGAUGAUAAUAAUGAAAAUAAUACAAAUAAUAAUAAUAAUAAUGGAAUAUUAAAUAAUGUUAAUAAGAAAACUACAACAACUAAUAAUAAUAAUAAUACUUCUUCUACUUCUUCUUCAAAAACAAAAUCAAUAAUUAUAAGAUUACCUUUGAUUUGGGGAAAAGGAGAUAAUGUAUUAAAACAUUUAUGUAAUUUGGCAAAUACAUUGAGAUGGGUUUGGAUUGGAGGUGGAAGAAAUCAAUUAUCUAUUUGUCAUGUCAAGAAUGCAGCACAUGGUAUUAUAUUGGCAAUGGAAAAAGGUGAUAAUGGAGAUAUUUAUCAUCUGACUGAUGGUCCAAGUGUACAAUUUCGAUCAUUCUUUACAGAGAGAUUCCAAAAGUGUAGAGUCUCUGAUUGGAAACUUCACAUGUCACUUCCCAUUCCAUUUGCAUGGCUUCUCGUAUACGUCAUGUCAUUCAUGUGGCGUAUCUUUUCACUCAAAGGUCUUCCUCUUCUCACCAAAACCGGUCUCUACUAUAGUUCCAAAGAUUUCACUAUCAACGAUCAAAAUGCACGUCUAAAAUUGGGUUAUCAACCCAUCAUCACCUAUGAGCAAGGUAUGGCUCAAAUUGCAAAAGAAAUGACUCCCAAACAAAGUCAAUCUCAUUCACAAGAAUAA